AUGACGGUAACCCAGCAACCACCGCCGCCGCCGACGGUGACCGUACCUGACCAGCAGCCAUAUCACAACUCUCAAACCACCACCCAUCCUUCCCUUCCUCCUCUUAUAGGUGUACUUUUAGUUAUCAUAAUCUUAGGCAUUAUCGCCGGCAUGAUCGGCCGUCUAUGUACCGGCCGGAAAAUCAUGGGUUUGGGUCAUUUCGACAUUGAAACUUGGAUCGAAACAAAGUGUUCUUCUUGCAUCGACGGUAGGGUUUACCCUCCUCCGCCACCACCACCACCGCCAGCUACCUCCGUUUUAACACCACCAAUUCAACGACAGCCACCACAGCAAGAAGAUCAAUCUCCACAGAACCCCACCACUUGA